CAUAACUAACUGUUGUAAUGCGCCACUGAUUCAUAUUUCAUUGCGAUGAGUGAUAGCAGGACAUUGCAGGAGAGACAACUAGCCCUCCUUCUCGAUAUAGAGAGGCUUGUCCUCGGAGAAACGCCAAUUUCUCGAUCUCUCGACAUUCCCUUCUUCCCUCCUCAUCCUCCUCGAAACAAAGCGAAAACAAGAAGAGCAACACGCAGACAGUACACCAGAACCGCCAAAGUUGCCGAACAAAACGAAUCAAAUGAGUUAUUGAGAGACACGCCCACGCACGUGGAUGGCUGUGUUGCAAGAAAGGCGGCAACUGAUCAUUUGCUGUGCUUAAACAGUGAGCCGAGGAUAGUAGAAUGGUUGAUGAAGAAAGAGAAAGGUAUACGGGAGGUAAAGAGAGAGAGAAGGCGAGAAGAGAGACGAAGGAAAUUGGAAGCCGAAGAGGAGGAGAAAACAAAGGAGGAACGGAUAAGACUUGCAGAGGAGAGAUAUGUUGAAUGGUCAGUUAAGAAACUGGGAGAAAUACGAGAGAUGAAGGAGAGAAAGAGUGAAAUGCAGAGGUCGAAAUCGAGUUGCGAUGCGGUGCUCGACAAUAACAGAGCAUUUGACGAUUGGCUGCUGCAGAAAAGAAAGAAAAAGGAACAGAAAGAGAGCAAGACUAGUGAUAAACUAACAAAGGCGUCUGUGUCAGACGAAGAGAAGAGGAAACAAUACACAGAAUGGUUCAAUAGAAAGAAGAGGCUCGAUAGAAUGAAAGCAAAACAGAAAGCUCAAGAGGAGGAGAUGAUGAGAAAACAUGAAGAGGAGGAGAAAAAACGAAAGGAAGAAGAGAAAGCUAGAAGACUGAGCUACGACGACUGGCUGAAACGGAAGCGGGAAAAAGAUGAAGAGGAGGCUAGGCAAAGGAAAUUGGAUAUCGAGAAAGGGGAGCAUGUCGAUGAGCUCAAUCAAUACUCAGACAUUGCAAGAGACCUUCGUUUGAAAAGACGAAUGGAGCAUCAGAUGACAAGGCAAAGAGUACACACUGGCCUUACUCGGCCACGAGAGGAGAGGCGACUUAAACAAACUAAAGAUGCAACAGAAUUUCUUAAGGAAUACGUAGAGCAAAUACAGUUGUCUGAAAUAAACUCAGACGGUCCAAAACCUAAUGUGAAGGUUGCAUGGAGUGAUUUAGGGCGACGCCCAGAGCCUCAAGGUUGUGAGACAUUAACACCAAUGUUAGUAACACGUCUGAAUAAACCAGAUCUCUCAUUGGUUCCGAUAUCUACGCAAUCAAAUGACAGUGUGAGCACGAUUGAUGACGUAUCUGCUGUGACUGUGACGGGAGAGAAAAAUAGAUGUUUGGAACAGAAUGGAAAGGAUGUUACCAGCCAGUUAAUAUCAAUAUCUGGAGAUGCAGAUCCGAUGGCUAGUGUUGUGUAACACUUUUUAGUGACAGACGUCAUGUUUGCUGUAGUCUCUCUGGCAUUUUGUUAUAAUGAUUUUGUGCCAUGUAAAUGGAGAUAUGUGUGUAUACAAUUGAUAACAUGAGAUAUUUGUGUAUAUACCAUUGUUUAUGCAUAAUUGAUAUUUAUUAAAGUAAA